CGGCGCUUAGUGAAAAAAAUCAGGUUUGGCGCGGCGCUUAUUCAAGUGCAGUGCUUAUUUGAGCAUUUACUGUGUGAUAGAAAUGUCAACUGAUUAAUCUCAGAUAAGAAAGUAUAAUACAUUAUGUACGAUAGCUACUUCCAGUUCAAUCCAGGCUAUUUCCUUAUCCUCAGAGUAGGGAAUCUAUGUUUUUCAGCUGAGACCAUCUCAUGAAAAAAAGUAUGAAGUGGAGUUUGUUUGAACCAAAACCUUGUGACUUGAGAUUUAUUGAGACAAGACUUGAAGAAAAAUACCAACUUAAUUCGGUAAAUCUGCUGGGAAUUGCAACUUAUCACAGGUAAAUCUGCAGUGAAAUGCGCUUAUCUCAACACGUCACACAGCAGUCAUACGGGAAAGCAAAUGAAAUUGGCAGUGUAGUAUUUUUUAUUUUCAAAGCAAUUCUCAAGAAGAACACAGAAAAACUAGAUGGUCUACAGAAACAGCAACACUGAAAUAUACUUUAUGAGAAACUAAAGUAUAAAACUGAUGGACAAUUAUAUUUGGUAUGUAAACUUGUAUCAGUGAAGCAUUGUCAAAGCAUUGAAGGGAAUUAAACAUGUGUUUAUUAAAGUAGAUUGCAUCUUAUUCUGCAGUAAACAACUUUGAUGGGAUGCAGGAGAUAAAUAAUUUGCUUUUAUCUAUAAUCAUGAAAAGCUAGUUGCUUCACAGAUGAUAAUAUUUGAAAGUAACGAGAAUUUCAAUAUUGUGAGAGCGUAAAUAAAUUUCAGGGGAAUUACUUUGUGAUAAUUGUUUAUUUAGUGGAACGUGAUGCAGUUCUCAACUCACUGUUCCAGGCUUGACACCAGCAAGAGGUCCGCUCAUCUUUAAUGUUGAAAUAAUCAAUAAGUGGAUGAAAACAGUGGAGAUUGACAUCCAGACAUUUACCACGCUUUGGGGCAUGAUAUUCUCAUGAUCACUCAACGUACGAUAAAACUCAUUAGUUUGGUCAAAUGAAAAGCUAUUGUCACAUGGACCAGAAAUGAAAUGAGGCUAUUCAUCUUUGAUGCAUGGACAACCAGUUAAAAUAGUCUCACGGGAAUGGAAUUGUCCACAUUAAUAGGUGAGAAAUAAGGCUAGUGCGACGAGCGUAACUUUGCAAACGGUAUCAGCAAUUUAAUUUGCCUGUCAUCAGUGUCGCGAAAUGUAUGCUAUUGACUUUUACGCGGAAUUAAGUUGGAUCAAUCAUCAUAUUAGUAUUAUACAAUAUUCUCGACAAUGACAGAAGAGAGAUUGGACCUGCUUCUGGAAUUUAAAUACGAGAAAAACUAUUGAAUUAUUCAAAGGAAACCAAAAUGGACUGGAAAACAAAACCAGAAACACUUUUCAUUUUAUUUUGUAUAAUGCUCACGGUUGAAUGUAUGAUAAAGGCAACUGAUGAAACGGUGAUGGUAACACUUCCUAAAUGGAAUACUGACAAGCCGCAAACAUACAGAAAGUUCAUGCCUACAACAAACACAAAUUCACUUCGACCGCAGCUACCCACACCUGAAUCUGUGCCGGGAGAAAUCGGAAAAAUGCAGGACACCUCGAGUGUGAGUAUACACAAAAAGAAUAAAACACCAGUAGCUUUAAAUAAAUCCAAUGAAAACAGUAAAGAGUUAUUAAACUCUACGAUAUCUACUGAACAAAAAUUGAACAGUAUUCUUGUUUUGAAGAAAAUUGCCUGUACCAAAACAUCAAAACAUCUUCCUGAUUCUGAUGCCUGUUAUUAUCUCAUUAAACCAAAAGAAAAUAAUUGGAAAUUUCAGUGUACCGAUGAAGAAAACCUAGAAAAUUGUAGUUCAGAUAUUUUGGUUGACAGUACAGAAGCACAAAGUUCAUUAAAGCAAAGUAAUUUAACUUGCAAACCAGUUAAUGGAACAAAUAAUAUAAACAAAUGUUGGAAUAGUUUAUCAACAACAGAUAACUGUUCAUCUCUGGUUGAUUACUUUAGAAUUGUAAUGGUUGAUGCAAGAACUCGACAGCAAACAGACUCUGAUGAAUGUGAUAUGUGGUUUAUUAAAUCGCUGUUAGCGGAAUCCAUGGCGUUUGGAUUCCUUGGAGUUUUAUUCGUUAAUAAUUUCAUCUGGGUGUGGUGUUGGACGAAGAGAAAACGGCAGGAGAAAUUAACGAUACAACCUAAAUCGUAUAAACAAGAAGAUUUCGAAAUUAUAUAUGCAUGGCAAAAUUCUCACGAGAAUGCGUCACUUAGGCCGACGCCAAAGGCAAAGAGACCAAGACGAAUACGAGAAGUUCCACUAUAUGAAAAUUUAAGUAUACAUGAAAUCGUGAGCACAGUAUAACCAGGGAAUACAGUACCUCCAUUCUAUUUUAUAUCAACAAUUUGUCGGAAAUAUAUUGAAAAUAUGAUAAUGUAGAACUAUUUGAAAGUACUACAAUACCAUAUUUGAUGAAAUGUAUUAUAAACUAUUGUUAAGGUUAAAUAAAAAAAAAAUGAUCAUUGUUAAAUUUGUUUAAAUACUUUAUUUUUAUAAAUUAUUGUUAUAGUAGUACAUUUACAGUAUUUACAUCUAUCUAACAGUAUUCCUACAAAAUUAUUUAUUAUAUUUAGUUGGGAAUUACAAAAAUUAUCUUCAGAUUUUUGUUCCUAUUCUAUUUGAAAAAUAUAUUAAAUAUAUAAAUAUGUUGAUAAAAACUACUAUAUAAUAAAAUCUGGGGUAACACAGAUAUCUUGCUUUACGCAUUACAAAUGUAAUAUUUUGAUCAUUAAAUAAUAUCAAAAUGUUGAUAAUUCUUAAUAUUCAGUGAACAAUAUUAAUACCAUGAUAUUACUUCAAAAAAACACUUUAUCUUCCAAUUGAUCCAAAUACCUUCAAAUGACGUUCAAGGUAAUGAGGUUGUUAUGUACAGCACUGUACGUCAACAACUUGUACUUUGUACAAAUUUUCAAGUAUGCACGUUAACAUACAUAAAUAUAACAAAACUAUAAUAAUUAGACUAAUAAUAUAAUAUUUUAUUUUGACAGGGUAUCAAAAUAUAAUAUUGAAUUUUGUUCAUGUUAUGCCAAGAAAUAAGCUAAAUUAUUUGGUUUCCAAAAUAUGUAGGACUGAAAAUAAUUAAUUAUUCAUAAAAUAUUUAAAAUAUCAAAUUUACUGUAGUUAAAUCACAAAAUCUUAAUGAAACAUGGUGCUAAAAUGUAAGAAUAAAAAAUAUGCACUGUUUUAUAGUGGAAUAUGAAAUUUUCUAUAAUUUUUGUAAUAUAGAAUUGAGCUAAAAUACAAAACAUCUACUACAGCAUCAAAAUAAAAUAUCCCUCCUUUGAAUAAUUCUCAUAGGUCAAAUAUCUGUCUGUACUAUAUCUCCCCAACCCCCAAAAUAUAUAACUUUCUCUUGGCAGUUUAUCAUACUGUCUGCAGAGUAUUUUAAUUUUUUUUUUUAUAAAGAAUACAACAUAUUACUACUAGGAAUAUUUGGUAACAUUAUAUAGCACAAUAAAGAGAGUUAAAUCUUUCUCAAAAUUUGAAUAUUUAAAUUCAAAUGUUCAAUGAACUACAGUAUAACAUUGGUAAUUUGUAAAGUGGUAAGUUUAAACAUAACACCACAUAGGUGUUAUCAAAUUUCGAUCAAUUUAAUUCCCUGACUGUAUUACAGUGAUCUAAUAUUGAAUCGUGUAUAUUGUAUAUUGUGUAAGUACUUAGACAUAAAACUGAUCUUUUGUUUAUGUUGGUAAAAUUAAUGUACGUUAACUUACAAUGCUGUUUUUAUGGGUGUCUUUCUACUGGAUAAAAAAAGUUUCUAUCAAUUCUCUUUUAAAGAACAAUUUCGUGUGGCAAUAGAAAAAAAAAACAACAGGUUCUUACGUCGUGUCGAAAUGCACUGAAUCAUUUACUUGUGGUGUUGUUAUUAGUCCUUAUUUCGGCAAUCUACUGUAUAUAUCAAUCAAUGAUAAGGAGAACCGUUUCUAUUGAAACUUUCAGUAGAAACACCCCAUAUGAAAAACUGUUCAAAUAUUAAAAUAAAAUAUCAACUGAUCAAUUUUUCUUUAAAUCCAUAAAUUAUAUUUUUUUAAUUUUCUAGGAAAAUCUGAUCAUUUUAAUAUAUUUAAUUAUGAUUAUUCAAUGAUAUUUAUUACAAUAAAAUCCAUGUCUACAGUAAGUACUUAUUUAAGUUUAUGCAAAUUGAAUGUAUGAAUAUUCAUUAUACAUAUUCAAAUGUUACUUGUACCACCUAUAUUGUUGAUCGCUACUUAAAACGUGACAAAUAUUAAACAUAUUUCGUUCAUACGUGAUCGAAAUAUCAAGUACACUGCUAGUGUGGAAUUUCAAAUAUGAUGUUCACUUAAUACGCAAACGAAAAUCUCAUUACAAAACUAACAUAAUUUUAAAAACAGUUCUGUAAUUUGGUCUUCAGGUAAGAAUAUUUUUCACAUUUAUUUUCGCUAAACAAUGGUGAGAUCACAAUAAAUGUGAAUUAAUGAGGACAUUUUAAUAGUGUAGUUUUGGUUUUUACUAAUAUAUUAUUGUAAACUUAAAAAUAAAAAAAUAAAAAAUCAUAAUUGUUUAUUGUAUCAAUGUUACUUUCCAUAUAAAAAAAAAUUAGAACCAAAAAUUAGCGGAUCUUAAAAUAUUACCAUUACUCUAAAAAUAAAGAGUAUUUUUGGUGUGGAUGACACUAACGAUCCUACCAAGUCCGAAGAUUUGUUCCAGUGGGAUUCAUCUGGUGGAGAAUUAGGCAGUAUACCAGGAGACAAUUCCUCAGUCGAAACACAAGGAGAGCACAAUAUAAAGUCCAUGCCGCCACGCCCACCUCCGUCCCACCAUGGUUGGUGUAAAUAAGUGGUAAACAAUUGAGCUCUCCUUU